GCCAUACCCAUUUGGCCGCUUUCCGCUACGCGAAUCCUGCUCUCAGCUUCCAUCUGCCAUCCCCCGCAGUCGCGUCGCGGCAUCGCAGUUAGCCAUGCCGGUCUGCCCCGUUUGCUUCGAGGAUGCUGAGAGCGUGGAAUAUGCGACCAUGCACAACCACAGCUGGAAGAACCACGCCUGUGACGGCCAUGGCCUUUGCUGGCGCUGCCUCGCCCAGCACGUGGAGAUUCAACUCCUCGAGGGCCGCUACAACGUGAGGUGCCCGGGCGCUGCGGGCUGCAGCUACCGCCUGGUGUCUUUGGACGUGGGCCGCGCCCUCGAUGUGCUCGAGCGCGAGGAUGGCAAGGAGGAGGUCGUGGGGACGCUCAGGCUCCGUUACGAGCAGCUGCGGUCGGAUUGCCACCAGCACCGCCUGCGGGAGCUUUUGAAGAAGAGCCAAGGAGCCAACGAGGCCUGGCUCCUCACUCGAGUGCAGCCCUGCCCUCGCUGCCUCACGCUGGUGCGCAAGGAGACAGGGUGCAGUCACGUCUUCUGCCGUUGCGGCAGCGACUUUUGCUUUCCCUGUGGCGCACCCCCCGGAGGCUGCAUCUGCUCCCAGAUGCGCCGCCCAGGAGGCUCGAAGGUGGUCUUCGCGGCGUGGCUUCGCAGCGCAGAUGAGAGCCGCGUGGAGUGGCUCUGGGACUACCGCGGCCUUGUGGACGACAAUGACGACGAUGGGGACGAGGAGGUGGAGCAGGAGCGCCUGCUCACCACUCUGCAAUUCUACCUCUGGCUGGCCUCUGCACCGGUGCCCUCCCCCCUCAAGCCUUUGCCGGAGCCCGUAGCGGUGCCAGCUUCCACGGCCCCCCCAGCCUUGGUGGAGAAACUGCCGGAGAUCAGAUGGAAGAAGUCGGAGCGCAAGGUUGUGGCUGAGGCUGAACCCGGAGGGUUUCCAGGUGGUGGACUACGACUUCACCUUCUCCGACCCGGAAGAAGAGGACGCCUUGGCGAAGUAUUACCCCCGCGUGCCGCAGAAGCCGUGGCGCGCCUAUGCCUCGCAGCGCCAGAGCCGGCAGAUGGAUCGCUACCGCGCAAGGCCUCUGCGCUGGAGCGAGGAGAAGGUCUGGCAAAAGGAUGGGGAUUGUCUGCGCGCCUCUGCGCCUCUUCACCGACGCCGGCAGUGUGCAUACGAUGCUCGGCAAGCGCGGCCGGGGGCGCAGCGCAGCGCGGAGGUACGCAGGCUGCGAAAGCUUCGCCAACGGCAGCUGGACCUGGCAUUCGAGGCUUAGCAAAGCCAAUAGGCUUCACCCAUUUUGAGACACAAGUUUGGGUUUCGCUUGCCCAUGUCUAGCUGAUCCGACUUUGCCGGCACCGGAAAAAAAAAGGAACCGGGCAGCGAAUCCAAAUUAAAUGCACGUCAGGAGGUGUACAGUGUACAGGGCGAUCCUUCCCGGGGCCUUUCCCCCCGCGCCAAAAUUUAUGGCCUUGCGGUGGAUGCCCUUAAUGUUUCAAGGGGAACACAAACAGCCCC